CUACCCUGCCACGUAGCGAAGGCCUGAUCCUUUCCUUUCUCCAUCCCACGGAACCGCCUCAACAGAAAUUAGGGAGAGGCCGCGCGAACAAUAUUCUCCUUACGCCUGAGAUUUCUGUUUCCUCCUCACCGGCGAAACAAAAUGUCAAACAUUGGAGUUGGCAAAGGGAUUCUAGAGGUCGCGAAGUUCGCCGUGUACGUCAGCGUUCCAGUCUUUCUUAUGAGUUUCGCCGCCGAUACCAAGUUCAUGAACAAAUUAACCGGCAAGCGAGAUUACAUAGUGUAUCCACCGGAAGCAGAGAGGCCGCAAUCGCCAGAGGAACUCAGGGAAAUGGCCAGACAACUAGCUCGAGAAAGGAAAGCUCAGUGAUGCAUUGCUGCUGGUAAUGCUGUGAGUUUGAUAUUGUAACUUCUUUCUUCCCAGGGAGAAUCACUAUGAGUGUAGUAAUAUGCCGAUAAUACCGCGUCGUUGGAUUUGUUUCCAGAACUGGAGUAUAAAUAAGUUCAAGUUGUUUCAGAAUUCAAAUGUGAAUUGUGGCUUCUGCUUGCUACUCUGUUUGUUCAUAGAUAGAAUACGUAAUGCUGGCCUACUAGCCUGUGCUGUAGUAGAUUAUAAGACUGAUAGGCGUGUCUGAAAUUGCCGAGGUCUUAGUGUUCAUACUUCUCUCUGCCCUCGUGCCUGCAUUCAUAAGUUUGCUUAGCCAGCCUUAUUGUCACCUAAGUCAGCUUCUAGUUUUCCAUCCUUCACAUCCAUCAUAAAAAAAACCUGUGCCUCAGCCAUUCCCUACCAGAGGAGAAGCGGCAACACCAUCGGUUGAGGUUGGCCUAAUUAACCCUUUCCAUUGGUUGGGUUUGAGAAAUUGGGAAGCCGAAUUUAGAAUCCAAUUCUUAAUUGUGGGUUGGGGCGAGAGGCUUGUGGUGGUUUAUAUGCAUGUUUUUAUUAAAGGAUUGUGGAGUUGUGGG